AUGAGACAGACAACACCGCGCCAAUCUAUCUCAAACCUGGCGUACGCAACCAACGACAACAGAAUGGCAAAACGGACGCUAGAAUCGUUUUACAAAACAGUCACACCUCCCAAGAGCAAAAAGCUCAAGGCUGACGAGGAGCUCUCCGCCCCCAUCUCGUACACCCACCACCCCAGCUAUCCGCAUCCAAUCGCCUCCCUCCCACCCUCACUAACCAGCGCCCUCGACAAUCUAAGCCAAGCGCAGUCCAAAAGCAUCACCAAUCAGCCGCAUCUCAACCUACUCUACUUCCACCCUCUGCUUCCCUCCCCGGCGGCGCGCGAGCUAUUCCAGUUCCUGCGUCGCGAACUCCCCUUUUACAGGGUCCAAUACUCCAUCAAACGCGGGGGCCAGACGACACAAAUAAACACCCCGCGUUUCACAACGGUAUUUGGGAUCGACGCAACUGCAGAGUUCGCUCCAGCUUCAGCCACAGGGUCCGACGUCACCCCAGACGCGCUUAUACCCGUGGACAGCAAGACGCGCAAACCCAUCCCGUCAACCAAGUACCAGUACAGACCACGCCCAAUCCCGGAAUGUCUCGACAAACUCCGGCAAAGCGUUGAAGCCGCGAUUGGCGAUGGCUCAACGUACAACUUCUGCCUGGUGAACUACUACGCCACCGGCGACGACAGCAUCUCCUACCACUCGGACGACGAGCGGUUCCUGGGCCCGAACCCGUCCAUCGCGUCCAUAUCGCUUGGUGCACAGCGAGACUUCCUCAUGCGGCACAAGCCGAGUCAGGCGCCGGGAGUCAGUAACCAGCCGCUGAAGUUCUCGCUUGCGUCGGGCGAUAUGGUCGUCAUGAGAGGCGAGACGCAGUCGAACUGGCUGCAUAGUAUUCCCAAGCGGAAAGGUGGAGAGGCACAUAAGGGGAGGAUCAACAUCACCUUUCGCAAGGCGGUUGUUCCUGGCGGGACGAACAAUUACUAUAACUAUAACGUUGGCAGUGGGAUUGUUUACCGGUGGGAUGAAGGGGAGGGCAAGAUGUGUCCUCAAUCUGCUGUAAAAGCCGAGGAAGGCGAGUCACGAGAGCCAGAGGGUCCAGUUGAAUAG